GCCAAAAAGUGGUCGGCGACGCGCCGUGUCAGUUCAAGCCCCAAACUCGCCGCCCCCCUAAACCUCCCCUCCCCUCCCCUCACGAGGCGAGAGAGUGUGACGACGAGGCUCACCAGGAGCGGCAGCAGCGGAGUCAGAACCAGCAGGCGGCGCAGCCCCUGCAGCAGACGGCGGUCGAAUCGCGGGGGAGAGGUCGCCGGCGUGAGGGAGGCCCGUCCCGGCGACGCCGCGCGGCCGUUUUCUCUCCGCGGUCCGGCCCGUCGAUCUCGUUUCUCAGCCCCCGCUGCUCUCCACCGGCCGAUCCCGCGAGCCCAGGCCGCAGAUCGUUCCAUUCCGCGAGGGGAGGCGAAAGGGAGCGCCGCCUUUGGACCAACCGGGGAAAGGCGAAGGGGGGAGUGGAGAUUCUUCGGGUUUCGGCUUUAGGAGCUCCCGGCUCAUGGAUUUCUUCAAGCUCAAGAAGUUCGGCAAGGCCCGGAAGGGCUCCAGGCGUGAGAGAGAGGCCCUGGAGUGCGACGAGGAGGCCAACGGAGGGAAUGUGGCUUCGGAGGGCGACGUCUUCGAGGAGAACCCUGAGGUGGCCGCAGGGGCUGGUGUGGCCAAUGGGGGAGGGGCUGGUGUGGCCAACGGGGGAGAGGAGGUUGGGGAGGAAGAGGAGGACGAGGACGACGAUUUCAUCACCAACGAGGUGAAGCGGAGGCUCAAGGAGAUGAGGAAGAACACCUUCAUGGUGCUCAUCCCGGAGGAGGAGAAUGCUGAGGUGGAGGAGGAUGAGGACGGGGAGGAGGAAGAGGAAGGGAGUAGCUCCAGGGAGUGGAUGGAGUCCGACGUCGCCGAAGGGUUCCCGCUAUGUGGCUUCGACUCGCUCUAUGAUAAGUACUCUCAGAGAAUGGUGGCGUUUGAUAAGAUGAUUACACAGAUCUUUAAGGAUUCAGGGUCAUUCAACAUCUCAAAAAAGUCGCCUAGAUCAGCAUCAAAAUUGGCAUCAACCUUGCGCAGUCUAUCAUUCAAAAGGAGGGAUGAGCUUCAGGAGGACUGUGAGAAUCUUCAGCAGCAGCAGAGCGAGGAUGACCCUUACCAAAUACUCGAGACUGCUUAUGUUGCACAGGUUUCUUUAAGCUGGGAGGCUAUUCAUUGUACUUACAUGCACCUGAGUCUGAUACUGGCAGCACAGCCGGAGAACCCCACCACCUAUAGCUGUGCUGCUCAAGCAUUUCAGCAGUUCCAGGUUCUGUUGCAGAGAUUUGUUGAGAAUGAACCAUUUGAGCAAGGUUCACGUUUUGAGAUAUAUGCACGUUCUCGGAGCUCCUUGUCGAAAUUGCUUCAGGUUCCCACUUUUCAAGUUGCAGACGGGAAAGAUAAUGCUGAAGACCAAACGGAACCAAUCUUGGCACCUGACCUCAUGAAAUUAUUAGAGGAGUGUAUCUUAACUUUUCGUGUUUUCCUGAAGAAGGACAAGAAAAAGAGCAGUGUCCUCAUGGGCGUUCAUGGCCAUACUGGAAGUUCGAUUCAGCAAGUUCAAUCCUCUCUGGAUAAGAAGGAGAUGAAGGUGAAAGAGCUGUUCAAGAAGAAGAAGGGAUGGAAGAGCAAGACCUGGCCGACCACAAUGGAGGAAGUCCAGCUGCUGUUUGCCCUGACAGACAUCAAAGUGGUGUCGAGGGUCCUGAGAAUGGCAAAACUGAGCAAGGAGCAGCUACUGUGGUGCGAGGAGAAGAUGAGCAAGCUGGACCUCUCCGACAACAAGCUGCGGCGGGAUGGAUGCCCUAUCCUCUUCCCCUGCUGACGCAUUCUCUUUGGCAUAUGCUAGUUAGUGUUCGUUUGGCCCCUCUGCAGAGCAAGCGAGCAUAGCUGCUUCCUGAGCUGAUAUAUGUACAUCUUAGGCUGGAAUGUUUAUACUAAAGCCAAGUGUAGUACUCCCGAGCAUAGUUGUGUUGCUCUGCAUUAGUUUGGGGUUUUUAUGCAGCAUGGCAACAGCCUAUGGAAACCAGCUGGUAAAUUCAGAAAUAAACAUCUGGUAAAUUCCGGA